AUGCAAAUUUCCCCUUCUUUACUGCCAAUUUAUUGCAAUUUUGUUUCAGACAUAGACGAAUGUAACACAGAUUUUAAAAACUGUCACCAGAAAGCUCUGUGCCAUAAUACCCAAGGAUCAUUCACUUGUUCCUGUAAGCCAGGGUACGAAGGAGAUGGAUACAAUUGUACAGGUAAAAUUCUUUGGCUCUCUUAAAAUGCAUUUAAAACUUUUCGCCUUAGUUUGAGAGGUGACUGAUGUCAUGUUCUGAAAUCACUGCGAGAAAGGAAAUGUGUUUUAACCGUAAAGUAUAUAGUUAUAUUAUACUGGUGGCUAUAUUAACUAACUGUUUGUUCAGGUAGAAUAAAUUUAACAUUUACUAAAAUUAUCACUCAGACGAUGACGAAUGCCUGAACAACUCUCACAAUUGUAGUGAAAAGGCCACCUGCACCAACAUCGAAGGGUCCUUCAACUGUAGUUGCGAACCAGGGUACAUUGGAAAUGGUCACAACUGUUCAGGUUGGUUCUUGAAAUUCCUGUCUCGCUUUCUGUUAGUUUUGAUACUACUAUUUUAGUAAAAAAAAAAAGUAAAUGUUCAGCGAUGUACUACUUUAAUUAAUGCAGCAAAUUAUAGAAAAUUGUCACUCGCUCUUUUUAAAAUAAUUAUAGUUACGUAUUUAAUUAUUAUUUACUUACUUAUUCAUACCUAACAUCUCUGAGUCGUCACGUAUUGUGGAUAAAGUCCAGAGCUCAUCUCUAAAUAUUUGCGACAUCAUGUAAAUGCACCCUCGGCUAACUCUUAAACAACGCGGAAAAACAAGAGGGAGUAACUUUAACCCGCUUCUCUGUACUGCGACAGGAGUAAGAUAUUAAGAUGGUUGACCGAGAUAAACAGUAUGCAUUGAUACAUGAUCAUACUACUUCUUUAAUUUGAAAAAGAGAGAUCCGGAACAGAUUUGUCUUUGUCGAGUCUUGGAGGGUGGCGUAGUGAGCGAAAAAAUUCUGAAGUCAUUGUCAGUCACCCAACAAACAGUAGUUACACUUUUACAAAAACCUAUCGCCCAAUUUUACUCUGGACAGAAAUGUUAUGGCUCAUAAUGCGACCAAUAUUCCUGCCAAGUCAGUAAAACAGAUAUUUUGAGAAAGGGAAUGUGUUUUAACCGUAAACUACGGUUAAAACACUUUCCCUUUCCUAACAUAUCUGUUUUACUGACAGACUGGUCACUAUAUUGUCUACCUGUUUGUUCAGUCAGAAUAAAUUUAACAUUUACUAAAAUUAUCACUCAGACGCAGACGAAUGCCUGCACAACUCUCACAAUUGUAGUGAAAAUGCCACCUGUACCAACACCGAAGGAUUCUUCAACUGUAGUUGCAGACCAGGGUACAUUGGAAAUGGCCACAACUGUUCAGGUUGGUUCAGUCUUGGAAUUGUUGUCUCGCUUUCCGUUAGUUUUUAGACUUCUGGUUUAGUCCAAAAAGGGUUAAUGUUCAGUAAUGAGUAAUAUUAUACAUUGAAGUAAAUUAUAUGAAAUUGUUACUCGCUCUUUUUAUAAUACUUUCAUUUAUUUAUUCAUUUUUUAUUUACUUACUUCUUCAAAUCUAACAUCACAUCUCGGUCGUCACGACUAUUGUCGGGAUAACGUCAGAGCUCUGAUCUCUAAAUAUUUGCAUCAUCAUGUAAAAUACAUCCUCGGAUAACUCUUAAGGAGUAACUAUUAACCCCCUUUUCUGUACUACGAUGGGAAUAAUAAGAUAAGAUGAUUGACCGAGAUAAACACCAUCCAUUAAUGAUCGACUAAUUCUUUAAAAGGAAAAAAAGAGAUCCGGAAGAGCCUUUUUCAAGUCUUAGAAGAUGGCUUAGUAGGUGAAAAAAUUCUGAAAUCAUUCUCAGUCAUACAACUUACACGUCUUCAAACAGCUCUUGCACAAUUUUACUUUGGAUAGAAAUAUUAUGGUUCACAAACCGACCAAUAUUCGAUUCCUGCCAAGUCAGGUUGUGGAUAAAUGCAGAAGCUCUUCUUGACGGUGACACCGCAUCAGUUCAAAUUAACUAUUACCACAGUUCACGAAAUUACUAAUACGAGAGAAAAUUGUAUGUGUAGAAUUUGUAAGACCAGCGCUUAAUCACGGGAUCAUUCGAAAUGCAGAUGCAUGCAUGUACAAGUGUAGCUCUGCCCCAAAACAAAAACUAACAAUAUACAAAACUGGCAGUGCUCGAACUGAUGCAUGAGACGCAUAUCAGGGAAUAAUGUACUUACUUUGGAAAAUGCCAGUGAUCUCUUAAAGACACUACCGCGAUGUCCAAUAGUCUUUGAACUACCCUAAAAAAGAUUGGUAUUAAUCUAGUACCCAUCCGUCCGUCAAACCCUUAAUAUACAUCCUUCGGUCCACGAUUAUACCAUAAAAAAAAUGUAAUUUUGACUCUACUACACAACAUCAAGAGACAAAACGUAAAGCAAAAUAAGUUUAUUUUGGGACGGCUUGGCGAGAACCAACCCUACAAAGUACUUAAUAUGUAAAUACAAUAAUAGGUGAUUACUAGUGAAUACCUAAUGUACAACACUCGUAAACUAGCUUUCACAAACGAAAAAACUCGUGCAACAAAUGGUCGCUCUUGACCUGAAUCCCCCAAUCAAGCACGCAGGCUUAGUGCCAGUAAGCCUGAGGAAACUUAUUAAUAAAACCCUGACAACGGAUAACUGGCACACGGAACACGGUAGGUAAAUAAGCAGGCAGGCUUAGUGCCAGUUAGGCGGCCAGUUAGGCUGAGAGAACUUAAUAAAACUCUGAUCAACGGAUAAUUGGGACCGGGAACACUUCAGGAGCACAGAGGCUGAGUGCCAGGCGGAAUUAUCUAUGACUUCACUAAUGUACCCAACAAGGCACGUAGCCCAAUAACCAGUAAGGCUGCCAGAAAAGGCUAGGGCAGGAAACAAAUGGAUAACGACUUUAGCUAGGGGUCUGUAACAUUGCGUGCAAUCUAACUGCGUCAAACGAGACUUAAGUCGCCUCCUAAAGAGCGAUUUCGGGAUAGCUGACCUAAGGAUCCUAAGCAUACGUAUAAACUUAAUCUAUCAAAUAAAGGAGCAGGUGCAAAACUGGGAUAACUGUACCAGUACAUAAAAUAAGAAACGGGAAAAAAGCUGAAAUCUCGCAGGGCUCUCGCAUACAAACUGAAGUAAAUGCCGUCAGACGGAGGCCAGAAAAAAAAAACUGCCCAAAAAAACCCAGAAGGCAAAAAAUGCGGGCAGGAAAUCUGGGUAGGAACCAAGGCUCAAGCUCAAAGCCAUUCCUAUGGGACUUUACAAUGUAAUCGAAAAUAUGUUACUUCUAAAAAUUAAAUAGAAUAAAAAUUUAAGAAAAACCAAAGAGAGGUUGGUUCGUAAGCCUAGAUGACGUACACAUGAUAUACGCAGCCUUAUAUACCCCCAAUAUGGCUACCUAUAUUAUGGUGCACCUGACCUAUUACCCAGGCGCUGUUGUAUCUCGUGCCGUCAAAAUAUUUAUUUCUGCCUUCUUCGCAGGCUCAUUUGUCAGAAAUAACAUUUCAGUUUUACCUCGCGUUUUAGCAAAGAGGACACCUAAACGAACCAGUAAAAGAAAGCUAAAGAAGAUAUGUACCUUAGCAGAGCCGUGCUAUUACUCACUUGCAGCUACUUUCGCAUUCUCGCUCAUUUCGGAAUUGUCGCGUGGCUUUGCUGCUAUGCCUACUUGCUAUGGAGUUAAUGGUCUUUUUUGUUUGUUUUGAAUGGUUUUGUUUUUAAUGUUAUCUUCCGCUUUCAUUUUGUUCUUUAUCAUUCUAAUAUUCACGCAUGCGCGUUUUUUUUAAAGAAAGAUUAGUCAUCCAUCCACCAUCCAUAUUCAUUGGUCAUCCAUUCACUAUACCACCUAUCUACCUUUGUAUCUAAUCUACCUGCAGGACAUGAGUAAAAUGAGGCUGUGCCUAGGUAUGCAGUUAUAAGGGUAGAUUCCCUGACCGUGAUAUUUUCUCAUCCAAAAUAACCUUUUUGUAUCGUGUAUGUGUUUCAAUUUUCAGAAUUUUCAAUAAACUCAACAAUAUUACAUGGAAAUCAGUAUUAUAUCCGACAUCUUCAUCGUUUUCUUGCUAGCGCUCCUGGGGUUGGGGAGGAUUCUUCCUGGUUUCUUUGCUACAAUACCACCUCACAUGGUUGGAAAGCCAAGACCUUCCAUGAUAGCUGUAACGGUAAAAGAAAUACUGUGACCAUCAUACAGGAAGGUCAAUAA